UUUGUUUUCUACCAAAGAUAAAGUCGGUUUCAAGCCAGUUCACGUCGAUAUGUCUGGCUUAUUACUCUGUUGUCAGGCAGGUGUUCCGUUAGAGUUCAUUAUUUAUUGUUUAUUCUGGCAUCUAGCUUAUAGAGUAAUUCAUUUUAAACACCUCUAAUUCGGCGUGUGUUUAAUAAUUAAGAUAAAUAUGGAGGGAAAUGGUAGAAUUUCAUUUCUGCCAUUUAUUACAGAGUGCUUGGGGCUAAUUAGCGUUUUAUGUUAUUCCUUGAAAUGUGAUUGGUUGUUUGCAGUGAUGACGUCAUAGUGAGUUUUUGAUAUUGGUGCACAUAUACAUUCGUAUCAUUUAUCAGACACCUUUAUAAUCCAGACCGACUUACAUGGUCUAAUUUUUAUACAACUGAGCAAUAGAGGGUUAAGGGCCUUGCUCAGGGGCCCAACAGUGGCAGCUUGGUGGACCUGCGAUCAAACUCACAACCUUAUGCCUGGUAGUUCAACACCUUAACCACUAGGCUACCACAUCCCCACAGCUAACGUUCAGCACAGCGGAGUUAAAGAUCCACAGGAUGACGAGCUUGAAAGGAUGAAGAACUUAAGUUUGUUUAGGUCUGUCUCUGAAACAGCUGCUUUGAUGACCGGUGAACAGAAAUGGAGCUUUCUGAGUCCAUAACCCACAUGAAUGGGCGACAGAGGAAGUCUGCAGCGACGACUGCAGACACAAAUGACCGGACGGUGGAGAUGGCGGACGAGGAAGAAGCGCUUGUUCAGGACUCCGACAGAGAGGACUCCGACAGAGAGGACAGACGCUCUAAAGCGCGCAGCGGCAUCCGAGGUGAACUGGGCAACGUGUGUCUGCUCCUCUUUCUCUACAUCCUCCAGGGCAUUCCAUUAGGACUGGCUGGGAGCAUUCCUCUCAUCAUGCAAAGUAAAAAUGUUAGCUAUAAAGACCAGGCCUACUUCAGCUUCGUCUUCUGGCCUUUCAGUCUGAAGCUGUUCUGGGCUCCGCUGGUGGAUUCGGUUUACGUGCAGCGCUUUGGACGCAGGAAGUCAUGGCUUGUACCCACUCAGUACCUGCUCGGGCUCUUCAUGCUGGGACUGUCGUUCACUGUGGAUUCGCUUCUGCAGACAAGUGGAGCAAAAGGCCCGGACGUGAUCGUUCUCACCGCUGUGUUCUUCAUGCUGUCUUUUCUGGCAGCAACACAGGACAUUGCUGUUGAUGGCUGGGCGCUCACCAUGCUGUCCAAAGAGAACGUGGGAUACGCGUCUACGUGUAACUCCGUAGGACAGACGGCCGGCUACUUCCUGGGGAAUGUCCUGUUUCUGGCUCUGGAGUCGGCCGACUUCUGCAACAAGUACCUGAGGUUUGAGCCGCAGGAUCAGGGCAUCGUCACACUGUCAGACUUCCUGUUUUUCUGGGGGAUUGUGUUUGUGGUGUCCACCACCCUGCUGGCCAUCCUGAAGUCAGAGAACAACAGACAUCAGCGCUCCAGGAGGAGACCCAAAGAGGAGACGCAGGGCAUAAUGGAGACGUACAAGCUCCUGUUCUCCAUCAUCAAACUGCCUGCUGUCUUCACCUUCUGCUGCCUGCUGCUCACAUCCAAGAUGGGGUUUUCAGCAGCAGACGCAGUGACUGGGCUGAAGCUGGUGGAAGCUGGAGUGCCGAAAGCCGAGCUGGCUCUGCUGGCUGUUCCCAUGGUUCCUCUGCAGAUCCUGCUGCCUAUCAUCAUCAGUAAAUACACAGCUGGGCCUCGACCGCUCGACAUCUUCUAUAAAGCCUUUCCUUUUAGGUUGCUGAUUGGUCUGGGGUAUGCCCUCCUCGUGUGGUGGACCCCUAGCGUAAAGCAAGAGGGUGGAUUUCCUGUGUAUUACUACGCUGUUGUGCUGCUGAGCUACGCUGUACAUCAGGUGGCACUGUACAGCAUGUUUGUGGCCUGUAUGGCGUUCCACGCUAAAGUGAGCGACCCGCUGAUUGGAGGCACCUACAUGACCCUGCUGAACACACUGACCAACCUGGGGGGCAACUGGCCGUCCACACUGGCCCUGUGGCUGGUUGAUCCGCUCACGUCCAAACAGUGCGAGGGGGCAGAGGGACAGACGUGCGGCUCUGCCGAAGACGCCGCGCUGUGUGUUAAAGAAGGCGGCGUGUGUGUGACGGCUCUGGACGGUUACUACGUGGAGUCGUUUGUGUGCGUGCUGAUCGGAUUGACCUGGUGGAUUCUCUUCGGCAAGAAAAUGAAGCGGUUACAGGAUGAGAGUCCACAAGCUUGGCAGUGCAGGAUAAACAAAUAACACACAUCUCCACGGACCAAUAGCAAAGCAGUUAGAGGAUCUCAUUUGCAUAAUACCGACUGCUGGAUUUUAGUCUUUAAAGGUUUUUUGUUUUUUUUUAAUGCAGUCCUCCCCGUGAGGAUCUUUAUUCUUUUUGGUCGAGCUUCUUCUGAACUGAAGAGAAAAAAUGAACCGUGUAGAUUCAGUCAGUACAAUUUUUCUGUACUCGGAUCUCCACCGGAACGCUCGCUCUGUUCCUCUACAUAAACCACGUGAUUUAAUAGAGCACAAGGUUCCUCUUCCAGCUCCUGAAUCACCAUCAGGCUUCGGUUCUCAAUUCACUGCAAAUCUUUUGUGCCUUUUGAUUUUCAUUUGUUGAUAUUGAGUGGAAAAAAAAACCUCAUCCAGAAAACGUUAACCUUUUAUGUAGAACAAUCGUAACUACAUUUAAUUUUGUCGCCCUGUGUUUGAAAUAGAAAUUGACGAUCUGAAGGCAGUAUUUACUGAACACAAGGCAGCAAAACAUUUCAUUCACAAAACAAUCGUUUUUGUUUUAAUAGCAGGACUUUAAUCAUUCCUCACAUCUGGAACCAACACCGUUUUAUUUCUAUAUGUUUGUCACUGUGGAAUUAGUAAUAAUAAUAAUAAUAAUAAUAAUAUUACUAUUGUUAUUAAUAGUAAUAAAUUAUCUUUUUGGAUGUAAGAUAAUUAGUUUCACAUGUUUUCUUCUUGAUUGUAAUAUAGUAUAAAAUGCUAAUUUAUCAUGAUCUAUUAGAGAUGAUGAUGAGGAUUAUUAUUUAUUAUUAUUAUUAUUAUUUUAUUUUACAGUAAUCACUUGACUAGUCGUGAACACGGCAAAGAAACAUUGCUGCUUAUUAAAGGAAUUUCCUUUAAAUAAAACUGUACUAAAGAUGUUACGCCUAUGAACCCGAACUUUGAAAGUCUUUUAUUAUCCAAAUCAAAUUAAAAAAAAAUCAGUUUAUCAUGAA